AUGUUUCGUAUCGAAUCCGAGGUAAACCCAAUUGCAGUGGAAGGAAUUAUGGAAUAUAGGUCUCCGCCAUCUCAUAUUAAGGAAAAUUCGUCAGCAGCACAAAAAAACAAAAUCAUAACUUACACUCACCAACUACACCGACAAAUAAGAUGA